AGUCCUCCAUUUCAAGAAUGUUGAGGCAGAAAUAUAAUGAAACCAACAUGGAUGAACAAAUUCUCUAGAAAUACUUGUACUUCUAGUAGUACAUGUCGGCACCGGGGACCAGCAUGUCUCACGAAGCGGAUGACCGCUUUGCCGGAGGGUAACAUCAAGGAGGGUAAAAUAAGAAGAUGCAGUAGUAUGAAGACGAGGGAGGUUGGUCGUGGAGAAAGCAGUGGGGAAAAAAGAAUGAGCAGCAGAACAGGUGUUGGGAGGACAAGGAUGUUGUUGAACAGUCUGACGUGUACUAGUAGCUGCGCCGUCAACUACAUUGCUUCUCGAAUAUGCGUUCAUUUACUUUUCUUCGUUAUGAUCAACACGGGGACGAGCGCCGUCUUGGCCCUAAACUUUCAAGAAGAGGGCUCAUUCAUUGUAGACGGAGGUAGUGGAGGAGGCAUUGCGUCGGCAGAAUAUGAGCGGAGAGCCGCAGGUCAGACUCCGAUGCUGGCGGGUGCAACCGCCGACGACCCACAGAGGUUUAGCGAGAGUGCGGUUGAAAACGUCGGAACAACAACUUUGAGGAGCACUACAUUUAAGGAGCUUAAGGAGCCUACAUCAUCUGUAAUCCAUCUCUGUAGAGAUCACUCAAGGAUCUUAGUUAUAGGGCAUUAUGAUCUAUCUUGAGGGAUCAUCUACUCCUGCUCGACAGGAGAGAUGAACUAGGGAGGGCUCUAAUUCUACAUCCUCAAGUGGUUCUCGUGGUUCUCAUUCAUCUAAUGAUGCAAGUGGAAGUGAAAAUGAAGAGGACCUAGACAAAGUUCUGAUGCAAAAGAUAGCAAGAUUGCAGGAAGCAAGGCUUGACUUUAUAGAAAAAGAGAAGGAGAAAGACGAACAACUACGUGAAGGUGGAAGAACGCAGGAUGUUGUAGUUCGAGGAGAUGGACUUCGAGAAGUAGCCGAGCUCGCACCAGUUGUAAAAGUAGAAUCCUCAUCAUCAUCAUCAUCAUCAUCAUCAUCACCAUCACAAGCGCCAGCAGUAUUCCUAGAUCAGGAGGCGGCUAGUGCGGAUAACAUCCUGAGAACAACAGCAGAAGUGGCUAGUACUCGACAUCAACAACCUACUUUGCCUUUGUCUACCAGUAAAACUAGAAGAAUAGAAGUAGAGUCGUCCACUCCACCUUCUGAUUCUCUUAGUACAAGUAGAACAGCCGUGUCGUGGUCCUCGUCUUCUUCGUCUAGCAGCAAGAAAGGGAAUCACAUCGAGGAUCACGACGACAAGGACUCGCCCUCAUCAUUUCGUGGUGCAAAGAAUCAUGGUGAUCCUCAUGUAGUGGCUCUGGCAGAAACUGCGAGCAGAACGGAGCCACGCUUACGGGUUCCCACAUUCCAUCCUUCACUAGCAUCCCUGUAACUCUUUUUUCAGUAGGAAAGAAGUCAGGGAUGUUCUGAGGAAUGUAAUUCCUUAACCUCUAACACGUCUUCGCUCAGGGCAUUUAUCCUUAGUGGAAGACAAGACCACAUCGUCAUCAAGUGAGGUGCCAAAACAGAAAGGUACAGCUUCAACAAUCCCAGCGUCUACAGUCGAGAAGUCAGCAGUUGUUGAAGAUGCAUUUAUUCCUGCGCCCCCUCUGUUGAGCUCUGAUUCUGCACACGAAAUGCAGGAUCAACAUCUUCGUAUUGAUGAGCUUGGAGUAGGAGGUACAACUAGUGAUAGAAGGAACAGCAUGCUCCCAUCAUCAGCUACUGGCCCAGACCUUGCUGGAGGAUAUGUUAUACUAGCUAGAGACCGAGACGCAGGAAAAGGAGAACUGCAAGGACGAGUUCAACAUCAGACUGAAGAAGUAGCUUUGACCCGUGUCGUUCACCACAGGAAGCUCGCAGGUCAUAGGAGAGAAGAAGACCGACACGAAACUGUCGAACAUGUGCUCGUUCCUAGGCACCCGGUCGGAUUCGGAGCUCCUUCAGCCACCUCAACAGAUUCAUCCUCAGCCUCGGCGACGGCGAGUAGCAAGAGCAAGAUUCUUUAUGGCAUCUUUACGUCAAAGUACUAUUUAAAGUGUAAAAAGUCGACGCUUAUCAGUAGAUGACAGCUAGACGUAAUAUAAAUGAGUGUGAAGAUAAAAAUUACAAGUUCUUGUAUUAGACGUAGUACUAGUAUAAUUGCAAGAAAGCCGAACUACAACUACUAACUUAUAUUAGGCCUUAUUAAUUUAUCCUUCUUCUUUUCAUUUUCAUAUGCAACUAGAAACAACCAAUCAGAACCACACCUCUACACUGCAUGGCCUCAUACAUAGAUUCGUAACGCUAUACAAGAGGCACCUUGACACAUGAAGCCUCUAAUCCCCAGUCCAGACUGGCGCGACACUAGACAAACGAGAUCAGGCGAUACAGGACCAAGAAGAGUCAAAAAUCAUUGGCUUUACAAGUUCUGAUCACGCCUCUGACUACGAGCUCCACCAGGACGCAAUGAAGGAAAAACUGGAAAAGGUGCCACGAAGACUGAUUUUUAAGAAACUUCUAUGUAAUCUUAGGCGGUUAUGUUGAACCGCGACAGGGACACAGCUCACAUGCCAUCUUUUUCGGCUUAUUCUAUGCGUUCCAGUAUUGAAUGUCUCUAGCAGGUGCAUCGUAUUCGUAAUGCAGGCGGAGGUAGCGAUUUUGUUAUAUUGAGUACUGCAACAAGAAGGUGUUACCAGGUGAUAGAUUUCAACCUUAUUGAUUUUGAUCCUUCUUGUUGCAAUUUCACAUGAACAACAUCAUCAGCCGGAUCGUUUUGUGCGUUGCAACCCUCUACUGCUGGAGAGGCUAAUCUCAACUUUUCUAAUUUUCCCGAAAAAGAUGGCGUCCCACAAUAUCAUGAACGAAAUAUGACGACACGGAUCGUCCAAGUCAACGGGAAGGAGGAGACUUACGAUCUUUUGACGAACGUCAAAAGGAUAUCGCACGAACGGAUUUGGUAUUCAUUUUCAUCCUGAAAAAUCUUGCAUUUGGACUUUGUGAAAAUGAUCGACGAGGAGGAGAGCUCUAAAGUUCUCAUAUCUUCUUCACGCUCACACAUCUUGAUCUUCAACAUCAUACCAUCUAUCUCACUAUCACCAUCAAGGUACCACAACGGUGCCGAUGGUGAUAGAGAUAGAUGGUAUGAUGUUGAAGUCAUUCUUUCAUCAUUCCUUCAUCAAGGUACCACAACGGUGCCGAUGGCGCUUCGGAAGUAAAUAGUACGAGUCCGACAGCAAUAAAGCCAGCUCCAGCAGACUUGGCGGAAGCUAGAGCAGCAGACAAACCACCUGAUAUUAAGGGUUACCAAAUUGCAUCCCGCAUUGCCAUCCUUCACUUCUUUUCCAGUCGGAAAUACGGAGUCCUAUAUUUAAAUCAUUCUCUAGUAGAAAAAAGGUCAUGUUGGAGGAUGAUCUGAGGAAUGUAAUUUUGCAACCUCUAAUGAUAUGAUCGUGGAUGAGUCGCGCAAUUUCGAGCCCAACACUGUCAUCAACAACUUGUAUUUCGAUGCAAACGUGGGAUUGGAUGAUGUACCCUCCUUUUAUUUUUGUCCUCUUUCUUACAUGAUCUCCUUGUUGUUUCAUCUGAAGAGUGCCAUUUUUAUGUUCUCAACAUGGGAAUCAAGUACGACAAACAACUCCUGGUUGGAUCGCGGCUCUCCUCCAAUUCGCGACUCUCCAAUUCUUUUGAUAAACACUCCCAACGUCUUUCUUCUUCUUCCCCCUAAACCAUCGCAAUCUUUUUGUCACAAUCUUGCACCCACGCCCACCAGUCCAUCGUCAAAGGGAGUAUUGAUGGUGUUGGCGAGCUCAGUCUGCACCAGAGUCGUGUUGAAGGCGGUAUCUACUCGCAUGGAGGCGUGAUUCACAUGUCGAAAGGUUAUGUACUCAUCAAUUAAUCGAAACCUUGAAAUAGGCAAGUAAAAAAUUCGAGACUAGUUCUAAGAUUAUAGCUGCAUCGCUCUUAGAGUACUUUCCUCGCUUAUGUCACAGUUUUUCGAAUAGCAAUUGCAUUGUCAACAUUUAGUACAUGUCAGUCUAGAGGUAAACAAACAUAAACAAUCAUAAACUGAAGAUCCUUUUGCCGCGACACCUCCUCCAACUGCUCCCUCGUUCAUCCCAUAAACUGAAGAUCCUUUUGCCGCGACACCUCCUCAAACUGAAGAUCCUUUUGCCGCGACACCUCCGCAGACUCUAACUUCCUUCCUCCCACUCUAACUUCCUUCCUCCGUCCACGGUCACGUGACUACCUCAGACAACGUCUACUGCCAGUAUUCGGAGGUUCGCGGAGGCAUGUUGAUACAAAGUGCGUAUCUCUACUUGGAUCACUGUAUCGUGGGUGGCGUCAUCGAGUGUGCGGGAAUCACAUUAAGACCUCAAUGCUUGAUGCAUCUUUUUCAUUUUCUUUUAGAUAGCCCAUCUGUGGGGUGUUUUUCUAUCUAAGCCCAGCGGCUUUUAGGUAGAUUGAAGAAUUACUCUUUUAGCCCAUGUAAACCAAUACCAAACAAGCGUUCUUAGGUAGGUAGAAAAAUAGAAAUAGAUAUGGGAUGAGGAUAGACUGAAGUGCGUUCUAAUCACAAGUGCGAUCGUGGUCAGUGGAAAAGGAAGUGUCUUCACUGCGCAUCGAGACUGUAGAAUCUACCGAGAUGCGACGGACCUCACGACGCUAGGGGUACACACUUCUAAUAGAUGCAACGUUGUAAUAGGUGACAGUCACGACCACAGUCCUCGGUAGAUGACACACUGACUCAACUUGAAUUUUGAUUUUUACUACUACUUACAUCCUCUUCAUUUACCGACAACUCAAGCACGACCACCGUCCUCCGCAUUACCACAACACCCUCCAACAUCUCCACCACCUCCCUCCUCAUCCCUCCACAUCCCUACGACCUUAGAUGAUCGCCAAGUACCGAGUGUGGUUACUUAUGCUAAUUUCGAGUGUCCUCCUCUACGUCUGCAUCGUCCUUACGGCAAACAAAGCCAUCCUCCACGAGGAGAAGGAGAAGGCGGAAGGAAUUUAUAGCUCUUCUAUCGUUUCAUAGUUAGAGGUGAAAGAACUCAAAAAGAGUUGAAGGUAAAUUUUUAGGAGGAAGACGAUUUCGAUUAGAAGUAGGGGUACUAGGAGGUAGUGUUUCUUUGAUGUUACAACAGCAAUCUUCUUCAUAUCUAGGUCUGAUGUACAGAAAAGGCAAAUGGUGACCAAAAGAUGCAUAGCGAAUGAACCUGUAAACAGUGAUGAUUCACAGAAUUCAGUAAUUUUCUAGUCAUUUUCAUCUUGGGUUAGACUUCGAGUAACAAUUUGCUCUGUCUCGUCGAAUGGAAACAAGAGGAGCAUUUCACUAGCAGAAUAGGCAUCCCAGUUUCCAACGAACUAACAUUCUACUUACUCAAUCAAGCAAAAACACGCAAAAUAUCGAAGUACGAUUGAACUUGACACUACAAUAGCGAAAUGAGGAUGAGCAUCAAGAACAAGGCAAUCAAGAAAGACAAGAAGCUUGGACAGCUGCUGGCGUACCGGAGUAAAAGCGACUUUAGUUCAGUGUAUAUGUGAU